AGACUCAAUACCAAACGAAAGCCCCUCAAGUUAUCUCUGAAUUAAACAUCCAAAACAUCGUUUUGUCGCGCUCUUGGGAAUUUUGUGGCCGCUGUAACAUUUGUUUCGUUUCUAUACUCAGCGUGCUUUGAAGCCACUGGUGCCGGUCGGUGGCAGAGAGACCGGAGACGUGACUUUGCAGGUGCUGGGCUGUUGUGGCAGGCAUCGGUCCCGAUAUUGAUCCUGUGACGGUGAUGGGAAUGAACGAAUCAACCGUCCAAUUAUGCUAAACAAGUAUUCAGGUCUUCUCGGCGAGCGGAAGUGUCUCAUGGACCCCGAUAUAGUGAAGCUCCUUGAAGAAGAUGAGGAUGAGACUAUGCAUUCCAGUGCUGAUGUGGAGGCAUUCCAGGCUGCGUUGAAUCGCGACAUUAAGGGAGGUGGUGAUGCUUCCACUUGCAUGCCUUCUGAUUCAGGUUUAUCUCAAGAAAGUUGUCUUAAUUCCAGUCAGCCAUUUCCACAGUGGCAAACUGCUGAUCAGGGUGAGGCUGACAACCCUCAAAGUCAACAAGACGUGAAAAGUGCAAUGUCACAGGAGACACAAUCAUCUGCAAUGGAAGUAGACAACCAUGGUUCUAUUGUUGGAUCACAUCAGGAACAUAAUGAUGUUUCCCAAGACGUCUCAUCAAGCAAGAAACAAUCCCAAACUGAUCAUCAAGAGGUACAUGAAGAAAAAAUUCCUACCCAUACAUCUCAGCCUGCUGGGAUGCAGAUUUUUGAAAAACCUUCUAAGUCAACAAUUGAGCCAGAUAAAACACAAAAUCAGGACAGUGAAUUGCAGUAUUUAAAAUUACAGAAAAUGAGCAACCAGCAGGCAACUGGUGUUGGGCAGGAAAAUAAGCCUGGUAGGGUGCCAUUUGGUGAGUUGCUGCCUCGUCUACGAAGUCUUGUUGAUAAGGACCGAAGCAUGCAGCUGCAAAAUAUAUUUGACUUGCUCAGGAACAAUGGUAUUCAGAAAGACCAGUUUGUCAGAGUCAUUAAAGGUAUCGUAGGGGAUCAGGUACUGAGGACAGUAAUAGAAGAAGUACGUGCAAAGGGACAAACUCAAGCUAUGCAGCAGCAACGUCAUCUCAGGGCUCAACCUGUUAGUGCCAGUCCCAUGCAAUAUCCUGCUCCCCGCUCAUUUGCACAUCACCAGAGGGGCCCUGGUUUUCAUGCAGACUCCUCCCACAUCCGUCCAGCAGUCCAAUUGCAAACCAAUUCAAGCCUUCUGUCUGCUGGAAACAGUGCUCAAAUGUCUCAUGAGGAGUCAGAUUCUCAUGGUUCAACCACUGUUACUCAUGAAAGAGAGCGCUCUUCAAUUUCGGUGCAUGGAUAUAGCAAGCUGCAACAACAGCAUAUGCAUUUUCCGCAGGCCUCCCAUCCCAUGUAUGGUAGUGGUGGUAAUCAUCAUCUAUAUCGUGGAUCAGAUGUCAAUUCAUCAGGGUCGUCUUUGAAACAGCAGUUGCAUGAUGCACCCAUGACACAGGGCAUGGGUGCAGGUCAAAUGGGGGCAACCCAGUCCGGGAAUGUGAUGAGUCUUCCAAAGUUUGAGAGACAGAGUUCUAUGAAUGAUCCCAACAGAUUGCAAGGUGGUUCUCAUCCCAACUUCACAAACAAUCCAGCAUUGCAACAUAAUCCAGUUCCUAGGCAAGGAUCAACAAAUGAAGAGCUCAAUUUUGGCCCUAUGUCUUCAAUUACUAAUGUGAAACAGGAACCAGUUGACCAGGGUAAUGAGCAGCAACAAAAAUCCCAGUUGGCUGCCCCACCUGGCUUGUCUGCCGCACCAGUUGAACUCGGACAUGCAAUUUCGGGAACUUCGAAGGAUGAAUACUUGGAGAGGCAGUCCUCCAAAGUGGGUUUUUCGACAUCUACUAGUAUGAUUUCAUCUAACUUGAUUGCUCCUGCGCCAGCAACACUAGACCACAAUGUUCCGUUUGGCUCUCGGACGCCAUCAGUAACAUCUUCAGCUGGGUUUGAAGGAAGGACACCUCCAAAAAGGCCUGCUAUUGGCCAGAAGAAACCGCUUGAAUCAUUUGGUUCUUCACCAUCUCUGCCAAGUAAGAAGCAAAAAGUGUCUGGGACCUUCGCUGAUCAAAGUAUUGAACAUCUCAACGAUGUCACCGCUGUCAGUGGAGUAAAUCUCAGGGAAGAGGAAGAACAGUUAUUUUCUGGGCCCAAGGAGGACAGUCGAGUUUCAGAGGCAUCACGAAGGGUUGUGCAAGAAGAAGAAGAAAGGCUAAUUUUGCAGAGAACUCCCUUGCAGAAAAAAUUGGCGGAGAUAAUGGCCAGAUAUGGUUUGAAGAAUAUGAGCAAUGAUGUGGAGCGAUGUUUGUCCUUGUGUGUCGAGGAUAGACUGCGUGGAUUGAUAAGUAAUCUGAUCAGACUAUCAAAACAGCGAGUGGACGCUGAGAAGCCUAGACACCACACCGUAAUUACUGCUGAUGUUCGGCAACAAAUCAUGAUGAUCAACCAGAAAGCUAAGGAAGAGUGGGAGAGAAAACAGGCUGAAGCAGAAAAGCUGCAGAGAAAUAAUGAACCAGACGGCGAUAGUGGAGUUGAAGGUGAUAAGGAAAAAGAUGAAGCUCGUAUGAAAUCGUUAAAGGUAAACAAGGAAGAGGAUGACAAAAUGAGGACAACAGCUGCAAAUGUUGCUGCUCGUGCUGCUGUUGGAGGCGACGACAUGCUGUCAAAAUGGCAACUAAUGGCGGAGGCCAGGCAGAAACGUGGAGGGUUGGAGUCACCAUCUGGUUCUCAGACAGGUAAAGAUGCUAACCGCAAUCCUUCAUCAACUUCUGGAAGGAAUAUGAAGGACAAUCAAGAUGCAGAAAAAAGGGGUCAUGCAACAUUUGGGGCUGGCCGGAAACUUGGUCGGCACCAAGCAAGUCUGCCUCAAACUAGGGUGGCUCGCCCAAUCUCUGUCAAGGAUGUUGUAGCAGUCCUGGAAAGGGAACCCCAGAUGUCAAAGUCUACCCUGAUGUAUCGCUUGUAUGAGAGUAUCCAUUCUGACACCGCAGCCGAGUAAAACUAAGGCUAGCCUGAAAACUAAAGUGACUUUAGUUAUUCCAUUAGAUUAUAAGAUUUCAUUUUGUGAAAGAAGAUUAUAUAAUAUAUUUUCGGCCAUUUUUUCCUUCUAAUCACAUUUUAAAUUAUUAUACCA